UCCUCCACCUUGGUCAGCCUGGACAGCGAGUCCACAGUGUGGGCCACCUUGCCGUCCAUGGUGCGAACCUGGAUCCACAUGGCGUCUGCUGCGCGCGUACUGCACAUGGGGGCCAUCUGACAGAGCAGAAAAUCCCUUGGGGCUCGUUCCUCGUUCCUCUCCAUCUCUAAGCAGAGCUCAUGAUGCCUACCUUACCGGAGUGUUGUGCAAACUCUUCCCACCCAGGCCUCUGGCCUCCUGGCACGAUGACAGGCGUUCCCAGUGUGGCAGGAAUGUUAGGGUCUGUGGCUGUUUUUGCGUAUUCAUUUGUUAUUUCCUAGGAAAAAGUGGUCAGGUUGUCAUUUCCCCAACCAGUGAGGACUUUGGAAUUCCCAAGCCGCCCCACCACCCCGAACAACAGCCUCGUCUCCCCUCCCGGCCACUGGAGGCCCCUUCCCAGAACCCUGGCUGGAUGAUGUCACAGACAGGUGACCUCACUGUGGCAAAGGAACCAGGGAUCUCAGUGUCAUGGGGGAGGGGCGAGGAUGUUCCUCCACCACCCCAACCCCCCAUGUCUGUGGUGAAGUCGAUCGAAUUAGUGUUGCCCAAGGAUGUGGUCUACCUGGCCGGCUCCAGCAUAGAAGGGCAGGUGGUUCUAAUACUGAACAGCACCCUGGUGGACCCCAUAGUGAAGGUGGAGCUCGUGGGAAGGGGUUACGUGGAGUGGAAUGAAGAAAUCGGGAAAUCCCGUGAUUAUAGCAGGGAUGUUAUUUGCAACAACAAGGCUGACUAUGUGCACAAGACGAAGACAUUCCCAGUAGAGGAUAAUUGGUUAAGUGCAGGCAGCCACACCUUUGACUUCCAUUUCAACUUACCUCCCAGGCUUCCUUCUACCUUCGCCAGCAAAAUUGGCCACGUCUCCUACUUCGUGCAAGCCUCCUGCAUGGGUCGGGAGCACGUUCUAGCAAAGAAGAGAAUGUACCUGUUGAUUCAAGGGACUUCAGACUUCCAUCAAGAAAACGCACUGCAGAACCCUCUGUUGGUGGAGGCUGAGAAGAAAGUCUCGUACAAUUGCUGCAUCCAGGGGACCAUCCGCCUUCAGAUCCAGAUGGAAAAGAACAUCUUCGCACCGGGGGAGGGAAUUGUCUUCACCACGGAGAUCAGCAACCACACCGGCAAGCGCAUCAAGACGGUGGUCUUCGCCCUCUACGCCCACGUGCGGUACGAGGGCUUCACCCCCAAGGCGGAGCGGCGGUCGCGGGAGGACAGCAGCGAGCUGCUCCGGCAGGAGGCCAACACCCAGAUCGCGCCCUUCGACACCACCAAGAUCGUCAGCACCCUCAACCUCCCGCAGGUGCUGUCCGUGAGCAGCGGCACCCGGGACGGCGAGAUCAUGAGCACCUGCUAUGAGCUGGUCAGCACGGUCCAUCUGCCGUGGUCCCUGACCUGUGUGAAGGCCAAGGUUCCCAUCAUCGUCACCCGUGCGCCCGUGGAUACCGCCGGCUGCCAGCCGCUGGAGGGGGCAGCGUUACCCGCGAGCCAGGAGUGCCAGAAUUAAGCGCCCAAACUUCUAAAUAUUAAAAGUUUUAUUGGACGGUA